CCAAUUUACUGAUACGAGUUGGUCGUACUCGUCCCUCGUCUAGACGUGACGAUGGAGAUGCCAGAGUGUCCGGUGUGCUUACAGUCCUACGACAGCGAGUAUACAAUUCCACGCGUUCUCGCGUGCGGCCACACGUGCUGCGAGAGCUGCCUGUUGAACCUGCCACACAAGUUUCCGGACACCAUCCGCUGCCCCGCGUGUACCGUACUCGUCAAGUACCCGCCGCAAGGCCCCUCCUCUCUCCCCAAAAAUAUCGACCUUCUCCGUCUCAUUGACCCGGAUCCCCAAAAGCCUCACAACAAUCCCAAGAAUUUCAAUUCUGCCCCACACUUGGACUUCAUCCCCCGUACGUGGUCUGAUGAGUUCUACUCUCUCUGGAAAGAGUAUAUUCUCCCCCAGGAUGCCGUUUUAGUUGAACUGAAGUCUGGAGAAGAUGGUGGUGCCUGUUUCGGUUGUUUAAGUCAAAGUCGAAGUCAAAGGGUGAGUCUUGUUCAGGUUGGUUCUUUGAUAUCAGAUGAUGAUUCUGUGUUUAAGUAUAGUUAUGUUGUGAGAGUGAUUAAGUGUUUGAGUGGUAUGAAAGAGGAAGAGGUAGAUGAAUUGCGUUUCAUUCUGAGAGGUUCUUCGAAAGUGAGUAAGUUAUGUAGAGUUUUGGGCUUGUGGGGUGAUGUGGCAGAUGGGUCUUUGUGCAUAGUUUGUGAGAGAAUGAAUCAGAGUUUGUUGGAAUCGUUGGGGGCUUUGAUAGAUGAAGAUGGUAUGGGUAAUGAUGGAUUGUUUGGUUUGGCAAUGAUGGGUAUGGAAAUGUGUGAAGCACUGAUUGGAUUUAAUCAACAAGGGUUGAUUUUAGGUUGUUUAGGUUUCUCUUGCUUUAGUUUUGAUGACUUUGGGCAUGUUUUUGUUGAUUUGAAUGAAGUUUUAGUGAUAGGAAGGAAGAUUGUUAAAAGUGUUGUGGAAGUAGGUUGUGGUGGUAGAAGGAUUGGUGAUAAAGAAAUGGGAGUUCUUUUGAGUGAUUUAUUGAAAAGAAAUUUGUUUUUCAGUCCGGAGCUGCUGUUUCAGUUGUUGAAGAAAGAGGGAAUUGAGGCAGAAUCUGGGGAGACUAGACAUUUGGUUGGGUAUGGUUCAGAUGUCUGGUCGUUAGCUUGUAUUUUGCUUGGACUCCUUAUUGGGAGAAAAUUUAAUGAAGAGCUGGUUCAUUAUAUAUGUUUUGUUAGCACAAAAGCAGGUGAAGAGAACAGUUUGGGGAUGUACAUGGGUUGGGUGGAGAAAGUAAGUUCUUUGUUGGAAAAUAAGAUUGGUUCAGAAUUUGUGUCUUUGCAGCAGAUGUUUUGUCAAUGUUUGAAUUUUGAUUCAGGGAAUCGUCCUCUUUUGACUGAUGUGUGGAGGUGCCUGAGGGAGCUGAUUAUUAAAUGUAAAUUUGAUAAAAUGAUCAAAUGCAAUGAGGCAGUAAAUUUGGAGAAUGAAGGUCAUUGUUUGGUCCUUGGAGAAUUGUGCUGGUUGCCCAAGGGAAGAUUAUCGACAGAGGAAAAAGAUGGGUUGCUGGCAGUGGAGAACUGCAAUGGCACUGCUAUUGAUCAAACUGGGGAGACAGGGGUUACCAAAGAUUUAGUUGAAGGGCUAACAGAGGGAAAUAUAAAGUUUAAAGACAUGCAGGGCCAUCUUGAUUGUGUCACUGGAUUAGCUGUUGGAGGGGGGUUCCUGUUUAGCUCCUCAUUUGAUAAAUCAGUCCAUGUAUGGUCAUUGCAGGACUUUUCUCAUGUACAUACAUUCAAAGGUCAUGAGCAUAAAGUCAUGGCAGUAGUCUAUGUGGAUGAAGAACAACCAUUAUGCAUAAGUGGUGACAGUGGAGGUGGUAUAUUUGUAUGGAGCACUAGUUUCCCUCUUGGGCAAGAACCAAUAAAGAAAUGGAAUGAACCAAAGGAUUGGCGUUAUAGUGGUAUUCAUGCCUUGGCUAGUUUAGGGAAAUAUCUAUAUACUGGCGGUGGAGAUAAGACAAUUAAAGUGUGGUCAUUGCUGGAUGGUGCCCUAUCAUGCACUAUGAAUGGUCACAAAUCCGUAGUUUCUACACUAGCAGUAUGCAAUGGGGUUCUUUAUAGUGGGAGUUGGGAUGGAACCAUCCGAUUGUGGAGUCUAAGUGAUCAUAGUCUGUUGACGGUAUUGGAGGAAGUCAGUAUGGGGAAUGUAUACUCUGUCUUGUCUCUUACUGCCAAUCAGCAUACUAUUGUUGCAGCUCAUGAAAAUGGAUCUAUAAAGGUCUGGAGUAAUGAUGUGUUAAUGAAAUCCAUGCAAACACAUAAUGGUUCCAUCCUGUCUAUUUGCAUGGAGGGGAAAUGGCUGUUUACAGGAGGCUGGGACAAGACUGUCAGUGUGCAGGAACUAAUGGUGAAUGAGUUUCACGUGGAUGCCAUACCUAUUGGUUCAAUAUCCUGUGGUUCUGUCAUAACAGCUUUGUUUUACUGGCAAGGAAAGCUUUUUGUUGGAUAUGCUGACCGAACUGUUAAGGUAUAUUAUUACGGAAAGUGAUCAGACUCUUCACAUAUUAAGCUGCUUUUGGUUGCUCUAUAUUUGUAAAGCUCAGCUAUCCAUCCUUAACUUCUGGGAACUUUGUGGGAACGAAUUGAAAACACAGAUGGAGUACCAGGAUAAUUAUGAAUAGGAUUAUGGAUCCCUGACAAAAGAUGGGAGAUUUUUAGUAUUCUGGUGGUUUCGUCCUUGGUAAACUUUGUAGAACAAUAAUACAUGGACAUUUGUGUAAAGAAUAUAAAUAAGGAAAGGAAAUAUACUAAAACUGGAAGGCGUUCUUUCUGUAGAGAACAUUGUACAGAUAAUGGUCAUGUAUAUAAGUUCAUGUAAAAUACAUGAUUGACGA